AGCUGCGUGGAGAGGGGAAGGGCAAUAAAUUGCUCUCCAUAUCGUACCACACCCAACGAUAUGCACGGUCGACCCGGACCGAAGCAGGGCCGCAAAUUCCAUCUCUGUCACCUACCCCACCCACUCAGAAGUUCUUCCUCAACUCAUCAUUGUUCCUCCAGUUUUCAACCUCCCACGAUCAUUAACAAAUGCAAAAGAAAGGAUUCUAUUUCCUCCUGGAGUUCAGACAGCUGAAAGAGCGGGGGAAAAGAAGCCCUUUUUUCACACUUUGGUCAGGCCGUUUAACUCAUUAACGAAACAGCGCGCUCGUCAACUUCCCGCACGUACCAACAAAUUCAUCCCACUUGUCGGACCUGCUUGUACUUGUUUCGCGAGCUCGCCAAUGAAAGUCGGUUAACGGCAGAUGACCGCAUCGGGACACGGAAAAUUACGCAUCGGCUCCUACCUGGGGGCAGAUGACGUCACGCGCCCAUCUGGAUAAGUUGCGGCCGGUUGGCGCGUCGUCUUCAUUCCUCCCAGGUGGUUGCUAUCCGAGAGUAAGCAGAGGACCUGCGCUCCAGUGGUCAAAAUGAGCAACGUGAAUGUAGAAUCGGCCAAGACCGAAGAAGUGAAGACUCGGAUACCGACGGACAGACUUUUAAAGAUACUAGCAAUAACAACAACCACGCUGUUUGUCUUAAUAGCUGCAGCACUGACUGCUUUUAUAUUAGUCUUUUACUUCUCUCACAAAUGCAUGGAAAAUGAGGCUUGCAGAACAUCAGAUUACGCUGCCUGUGGUUGUGGUCAACAGAAAACUCGAUCUGAGAGAAUUGUAGGUGGACUGAAGACCUAUGGUGGCGAGUGGCCUUUUGUAGCCAGUAUACAGUUGAACAACCGACACGUCUGUGGAGCAACACUUAUCUCGUGUAGGUGGAUUUUAACAGCUGCACAUUGUGUCAAUGACAGUGAUAUACAGAACUGGACUGCAGUGCUUGGAAUCAAUUUCUUGGCUCAGCCAACAAGCAGUGUACAGAAACGAAAAAUUUCAAAGAUGGUCGUUCACCCCGAGGCAACAUCGUCCUUUAAUUAUGACGUUGCCCUGUUACAGCUGUCACAGCCAGUUGAAUACACUGACUUUGUCCAACCAGCUUGUCUACCUGCACCCACAACAUCCAUUUCUGGCAGAAAUUGUACAACCGUCGGAUGGGGAAAAACAAGUGAAAAUGGAGAGGACAGUGGAAGUCUUUUGAAGACUGAAGUGGAAGUUUUCAGCAACAGCCGAUGUCGGCAUUACCUGCCCAACAUAACUGAACAGAUGAUCUGUGCGGGGGUGGCUGAAGGUGGAAGAGAUGCAUGUCAGGGAGAUUCUGGAGGACCAUUGCUGUGCCAAGAUGAGGGUUCUCAGGCAUGGUUAUUGGCAGGAGUUGUUUCCUUUGGAAGAGGCUGUGGAAGACCUCAUCAGCCUGGUGUAUAUAUGCAGACAGUGUCUGUUCGAAAUUGGAUAAUGGAAAAUACAAAUCAAUAGCAGCCUCAUUUGUGACAGUCUUUCUAGGAAUUUGCCUAGAUUUGUUGUGUUUUUAAUACUUCCACCCCAUAUAGAAGUCUGUGUGGGAAAUACUGUAGCUUUGGAAAAAAGCUUUCAAUUUGAGCCUUAGUAUAACAAGUCCCAUUUGGAGAACAUCUGGAUUUUGAACUGUCCAGCUCUAUGGCAAUCAACCAGCUAAAGCAUAGUGCUGUUGUCAUUUGUAUUUUUAAUAGCAUUACUAUUUAUUAAAUGGAUUGCUUAAAUGGUCUCCUUGGAAAAGUAUACGUUAGAAAUAUAAAAGAUUCUGUUAAACUUAUUAUUUGGCCAUACCAUGGCUAUUUAACCAUCACAAGUGGUGGAAUUCUGUAUGUUACAAUGUAACAAUUUAUAAAAUGUACUGUUCACUAAUGUAAUGUAAGAUGUGUCCAACUGUUUGCAAUAAAAAUAUAAUUUAAGAUUAUAAAGUUUGUCUUUAAAGCUGUGUAAUUCAGAAGGGAGAACAGUGAUGCAUUUUCUUAAAUUCAUCACUACUGUACACUCGUAGUCUUUGCCCAUUGGGGGAAAACAGCAGUCCUUUACCAUUUGCAUUGUCCUGAUAAUCAUAAGGUCACAGCUGAUCUUUUACUGUAAUACCAAUUUCCUGACCUAAUUCCAUAAUCACUUAAUUUUACAAUGUGCUCCUUCCCAAAUUAUAUCCCUAUGUUCCACUAUGCAGUAUUCCAUUUUUGUCAACAGAAGAAAAUACCAUUGAUAGGGAAGACUAAUUCAUCAAAUCUGCACAGUUCCAAUCCUCAAACCAGAGUGAAAAUAACUUGCAUUUAUAGCGAAGCCAAUGAAUUAUGAUAACUGUACUACAGGACAUAAAGCAUUUAAUUAGUGCACAGGAGGGUCCCAUGUGUUACAGAGGACCAGAAUGUUUUGAAAUAUCCUGUGGUAGGGUGGGGGAGAUUUGGUGAAGCCCUUAGGCAAAAUAACCUCAAACACUUUCUCUUGAGAGCAGACAAGUGGCAAUAGGUUAAUUCCUAAAAUUAAAGGGUUAAUGUAUGUAGUGCGGUUGAACAAAUUGUGCUUAUCCCAAGCACCAAAGAAUACACCUUAUUGAAAGAUACAAGAAUUUGAGUGUGGCCAAUGCUAACUGGAUGCCUUUCCACCAAUGGGGCUUUGUAGAACAAGGGUCCGUCAGUGAGGCAAAAGGAGGUGCCCAUUUCAGAGGACUUCCAGACCAGUGAAGGCAAAGUGAUUAAAUGGCGCAAAUUAGAGUCAUUUGGAUAAGAUGGAGACGAGGGGUGCUAAGGUCACAACUGGAUCAAAUAGGAUCUUGCUAGAGGGUGUGACAUGGAGGAAGGGCACUUUGUGCUCUUAUAAGAGGUUCCACGUCUACUCAUGGGUUGACAGGGUGCAUAUUGGCAUGCUUGCCUUUAUUAGUCAAGGCGUUGAAUUCAAACGCCAGCAAGUUAUGUUGUAGCUUUAUAAAACUCUAGUUAGGCUGCUUCUGGAGUUUUGCAAACAAGUCACCCCACCAAAGGAAGGAUGUUGAGGCUUUGGAGAAGGUGCAGAUGAGGUUUACCUGGAUUAGAGGGCAUGUGCUUUCCUGAGAGUUUGGACAGACUUGGUCUGUUUUCUCUGCAACAGCAGAGGCUGAGAAGAGAUCUGAUAGAGGUUUAAAAGAUUAUGAGGGGCAUAGUUAGAAUAGACAGGCAUUAUCUUUUUUUAAAACCAGGAAAUACCUAAUGUCAGAGGGCAUGCAUUUAAGAUGAGAAGGGAUAAUUUCAAAGGAGAUGUGAGGGGCAAGUUUUUACAGAGAUUGGUGGGUGCCUGGAAUGUGCUGCAUGGUGUGUUGGUAGAGGCAGAUAUGUUAGAAACAUUUAGAUAGGCACAUGAAAGUGAGGAGAAUUGGAGGAUGUGGAUAUUGAGGAGGCAGAAGGGAUUAGUUUAAUUGGCCAUUUGAUUACCAAUUUAAUUGGCUCAGCACAACAUUUGGGGACAAAGCGCUUGUUCCUAUGUUGUAUUGUUCUAUGUUCUCUGUUGGAAUUGUUUUUAAUACUUAUUAUAAACUAUGCUUAAGCAUUGUAAUUUAAUUUGUAAUUUCACUGACAUUUGAAGUGCCAGAGAUGUUUGUAAAGGGGCGUCUUGGAAGCAUAGCAGUUAGUGCAAUCACCUUACAAUGUUAUCUAUCACCGAUCAGGGUUUGAUUCCUGCUGUGGUCUGUAAGAAACUUGUACGUUCUCCCAAGUUGUUACGUACCCCGUAACUAGGUCACUUACCAGCAAAGAUAGAGAGGUCCGUUGAAGUCUGAUGGUACUAAUUUUAAAAGUCUUUAUUUAUAAAGGGGCACAAAAAUAAGAUUAAUACAAACAUUCAGAUAAUAUAUGUCGUCACUACUCAAUCUAAAAGCGCAGGUCUAAUAAUAACCAUCAAUAAGAAACAGCUCGAUCGUUUGUCUAGGGGAUAAUAUAUUGUCCGAUGGAAAUAUAAAAGUCACUCAGUUCCUGCAGGCUUCAGCCUUUGGGGACCACUGGGUUUUCACUUGUUGGAGAAAGAGAGAUUUGUGAGAAAAGAAACUUGCCCGGGCCUUUUAUGAAGCAAAUCCGUUGAAUCGGGAAAGUUGGUUCCCCGUUGUUAGUUCACGAAUAUCGGUUCUGUGGUACCUGCCACCGGCUCCCAAGCAAGGGGAACCGAACGCACGUGGCUUCCUUCAAAUGGCUUCCCGCUGCUACGGGAUCAUUAGCGUUUCUUCUGGUGCGUCUCUCUCCCAUUUCCUGGGUCUACUGACCCCCCCCCCCCCCACUAGGGCUCUUGCGAUUCUCACAAAGGAGGGGGCUGCGGACAUAACAAGACCAAGUUGUUGGGUAUACUUAAAGAGGAGGGUGAUGGUUUCUUGAUUAGCAAGGAUAUCCAAGAUUAUGGGGAGAAGGGAGGAGAAUGGGGUUAAGAGGGAUAAUAAACCAGUCGUGAUUGAAUAAUGGAGUAGACUCAAUAGGCUGAAUGGCUUCAUACUGCUCCUAUGUCUUAUGGUCUAAGGGAUUUCUGUACAAUAUGCAGGGCCUGACUGUUCUUCCGAGUGGUCAUCCAUCUCCACUCUUUCUGUAUUUGUGGAGUGACUAGCACACUAAACCUACUAUCUACCAUAAUGUUCAGGAUGUGGAAAUCACAUAGCUGUCCACGUACAGCUCCAACUGUUCUAGCCAGCCCAGCAGUAACUGCAUUAAUCAAUAAUCUAUACUCACCAAUGACCGUGCUCCCAAAUCAAUACUCCAUUAAAGAAUAGCCCAUUGAUAUCGGGCCAUAUAUCAUUAACUCUCCCUUUCCAUGAAGGAACUUCACCAAAGUUGUCAUUCACUUUGGUACUCAGUGACUCAGAAACAUCAAAUCUUCUUGUGGAAAGUAAUCCACAAUAUGGACCAGCUGGGUUAACAAACCUGAUUAUAUGCUUUAGCAUAUCUUGUCCACAUGCGCAUACAGUCUAGAAAUGCCAUUAGAAGUGAAAUAAUGAUUAACUAGAAACUUAACCCUGAUAUGGUGUCGGAAACAUGAAUAGUUCAGGUCAGGGGUAGGUUAAAAACUGACAGUUGAUGGACACCCCAGUUACCAGGAUAAACAUUCAGACUCUCUACCAUCAUGCAUUAUGGCUGAGU